AUGUCAUCCACUCUAUUUGACGAUAUAUUUGUAAUUUCCGAUGUCGACCCAGGUCGUUACAACAAAGUCUCUCGUAUCGAGGCUUCCUCCACUUCUCAAGAACAAACUAAAUUAACUCUAGAUAUUAACACAGAUUUAUUCCCGGUGAAUCUAAAAGAUCAAUUGACAAUUGCCAUCGCCUCCUCAUUAUCCACAGACGGUUCAGUAAACAGCAGUGACAACAAAAGUUGGAGACUUCCAAGACCAAAUGAGAGAUCUUUAGCCGAUGAUUACGAUUAUGUCAUGUACGGUACCGCCUACAAAUUUGAAGAAGUGUCUAAAGAUAUGAUUACCAUCUACUAUUCGUUUGGUGGUUUACUAAUGAGACUGGAAGGUAACUACAGAAAGUUGAACAAUUUAAAACAAGAAAAUGCAUACUUACUAAUCCGUCGUUAG